AUGACCUCAAAUCAUGAACAACCAUCAAAACAAAACAUGUCUGGUGUUACAGAAUUCUCUAAAUACAAUCUAUAUAUUGAGUUUAAAGAAUCUUUCAAAACAAGAGACAGUGACUACUACAAUAAAGCAGCACAGGCAGAAGAAACUCCUUUAGAAACUAAUAUAAAUAAAGAUUCAAGAGAUGAAUUAAUAACAGUAGAUGUGCCAGAAGCAGAGGCUGUUACUCAUAGCACUUCAAACAAAAAUGAGGAUCCCUGA